GGGGGGGGGAGGCUCCCUUUUCGCUUCACCCCGCCCCCAAUUUUUGUUUCUUGAAUUUGGUACAGACAAUCCUAUUGUUUUCUCGCAGGGAAGGAGUGAUCUUCUCUUAGUCUAAGCUUUUCUUUCUCUGCUCUCUUUCCUCAUUCACUCUUCUAUUUUAAACGAAAGCCCCGAUGCGACGUCCUUGGUCUCUGCGAGGAAACAGAACCUCGAACCAGUUAAGCCUCAGCGCUGCUUCCUAAGGCGCCUUCCUUCAAUGGACUUUUGAAGCCAGCGACUCUGGCUUAACAAGUUGAUGAUCAUCAUGGGUCCUUCCCAAAGAACAAUCCUGAUUGUGGGCUGCUUCUUGACAGGGCCAUGGCUAGCCUCUUGUCAGUCUUUGCUUCCAACUAUUCUGCCAAACAACGAUGAAAUGGUUGUGCAGCUGAAUUCCCCCUUCACCCUGAAAUGUUCGGGAGACAGUGAAGUCAGCUGGCAACAUCCAAUACCUGAUGGCAACCAUACCGUAGACCUCAAAAGCGAGGAGAACAACAGCGGCCUGUUUGUGACUGUGCUUGAUGUGGCAAAUGCUUCUGCUUCUCACACUGGAUUGUACACUUGCUACUAUAAUCAUUCUCAAGAGGAAGAUGGUGAGGUGGAGGGGAAGGACAUCUAUGUCUUUGUGCCAGAUCCAGCUGUUCCCUUUGUUCCGACAUUCCCAGAAGAGGAGUUCAUUGUCAUCACCGAAGAAGAAGAGUCCUCCACCAUCCCUUGCCGGACAAGUGACCCCAACGCCCAAGUAACUUUGAUGACCAGUGAAGGGAAAAUUGUGUAUGCCUUUUAUGACAACAGGCAGGGCUUCAUUGGAAACUUCUCCGCAGGCUCCUAUCUGUGCAAGACGACUGUUAAGGGAGUAGAAUUCCUGUCCGGUGAAUUUGUCAUCUAUAUUUACAAAGCUACAUCACAUCUUCAUGUUGAGAUCGAAUCCCCCAAGACUGUGUAUAAGACAGGAGAAACCAUUGUUGUAACGUGUGUGGUCUUGGAUAAUGAAGUCGUGAACUUACAGUGGAAUUAUCCAGGGAAAGUGAAGAACAAAGGUACAAUUUCACUUGAGGACAUCAAAAUUCCAGCCCAGAAGCUGGUUUACAACCUGACCAUUCCAGAUGCUUCAGUGAAGGACAGUGGAGAUUAUGAAUGUGCUGCUCUUCAUGUGACCAAAGAUUUUAAGAAAACGAAAAGAGUCGUGAUCACAGUUCAUGAUAAAGGGUUCAUUCAUCUGGAACCUCAUUUUAACCCCAUGGAAGCUGUCAAUCUUCAUGAAGUUAAAAAAUUUAUAGUUGAUGUGCAUGCAUACCCAGAGCCAAAAAUGUUUUGGCUGAAGGACAAUGUGACUCUGAUGGAGAAUCUCACGGAGAUUGUCACUAAGUCCAAGCAGAUCCAGGAGACGAGGUACCAGAGUGUAUUAAAAUUAAUUCGUGCCAAGGAAGAAGACAGUGGAUAUUAUACUUUUGUAGCACAGAAUGAGGAUGAAACUCAAAGAUAUAUUUUCUCCCUGCUCAUACAAGUUCCAGCUUUAAUUCGAGAUCUGGUGGAUAGUCAUCACGACUCUGCGGGGCAAACAGUGACAUGCUUGGCAGAAGGGACACCACUCCCUGAUGUGGAAUGGCUGGUUUGCAAGGACAUUAAAAAGUGCAGUAAUGACACCUCGUGGACCCUCCUGACAAACAAUAUCUCUGAUAUUACCAUGGAGACUCACCUUGAUCAGAAAAACAGGGUAGAAAGCCAGGUGACCUUUCAGAAGGUGGAAGAAACACUGGCUGUUCGGUGUAUGGCGAGGAAUGACCUUGGCACUGUGGCACGGGAACUGAAGCUUGUGGCUCCCACUUUACGAUCAGAACUGACGGUGGCUGCUGCGGUCCUAGUGUUGCUCGUAAUUGUAAUAAUUUCGCUGAUUGUCCUGGUAAUCAUAUGGAAGCAGAAACCAAGAUAUGAAAUAAGAUGGAGAGUCAUUGAGUCCAUCAGCCAGGAUGGACAUGAAUACAUUUAUGUGGACCCUAUGCAGCUGCCCUAUGACUCAAGAUGGGAAUUUCCACGAGAUGGAUUAGUACUAGGACGAAUCCUUGGCUCUGGAGCUUUUGGGAAAGUAGUUGAAGGAACUGCCUAUGGAUUAAGCCGGUCACAGCCUGUGAUGAAGGUAGCUGUGAAAAUGUUGAAGCCCACUGCGAGAACCAGCGAAAAGCAGGCUCUUAUGUCUGAAUUAAAGAUAAUGACCCAUCUUGGACCCCACUUGAACAUAGUGAACUUGUUAGGAGCUUGUACAAAGUCAGGCCCAAUUUAUAUCAUAACGGAAUAUUGCUUUUAUGGAGACUUGGUGAACUACCUGCAUAAAAACAGGGACAACUAUCUGAAUCGACAUCCUGAAAAGCCCAAGAAGGACCUGGACAUCUUUGGAAUGAACUCAGCUGAUGAAAGUACUAGGAGCUAUGUAAUCCUAUCCUUUGAAAACAAUGGUGAAUAUAUGGAUAUGAAACAAGCAGAGACAAUGCAGUAUGUGCCAAUGCUAGAAAGGAAAGACAGAUCGAAAUAUUCUGACAUCCAAAGGUCAUUGUAUGAUAGACCUGCUUCGUAUAAGAAAAAAUAUGUGUCAGAACUAGAUGUGAAGAACCUCCUCUCUGAUGACCAUUCAGAAGGCCUCACUUUGUUGGACCUGCUCAGCUUCACUUACCAAGUUGCACGGGGAAUGGAAUUCUUAGCUUCUAAAAAUUGUGUUCACCGUGAUCUGGCAGCACGGAAUGUCCUUCUGGCUCAAGGGAAAAUUGUGAAGAUCUGUGACUUUGGUCUGGCUAGAGACAUCAUGCAUGAUUCAAACUAUGUAUCUAAAGGCAGUACUUUCCUUCCAGUGAAAUGGAUGGCACCUGAAAGCAUUUUUGACAACCUGUAUACAACAUUAAGUGAUGUCUGGUCUUAUGGCAUUCUGCUGUGGGAAAUAUUUUCUCUUGGUGGCACUCCAUAUCCUGGCAUGAUGGUUGAUUCCAUGUUCUAUAAUAAAAUUAAAAGUGGCUACCGAAUGGCAAAACCGGACCAUGCUACCAGUGAGGUGUAUGACAUCAUGGUGAAAUGCUGGAACAGUGAACCCGAGAAAAGACCUUCUUUUUACCACUUGAGCGAAAUAGUUGAGAACCUGUUGCCUGGAGAAUACAAGAAGAGCUAUGAGAGAAUUCACUUGGACUUCUUGAAGAGUGACCAUCCCGCUGUCACACGCAUGAGAGCGGACUGUGACAACACCUACAUUGGAGUCACUUACAAGAAUGAAGACAAAAUGAAGGACAGGGAAAGUGGAUUUGAUGAACAAAGACUCAGUGCCGACAGUGGCUACAUAAUCCCCCUGCCGGAUAUUGACCCAGUUUCAGAAGACGAACUUAGCAAAAGGAACAGGCACAGUUCCCAGACUUCCGAAGAAAGUGCCAUCGAAACUGGUUCCAGCAGCUCCACAUUCGUAAAGCGAGAGGACGAGACCAUUGAGGAUAUUGACAUCAUCGAUGAUAUUGGAAUGGAUUCCUCAGAACUGGUUGAGGACAGUUUCCUGUAAUUCCCGAAGGAAGUAGUGGACAUCUUUUGAGGGGUGCGAGACAAAGAAAGAAAGAAAAUCUCAACACAUAACUCAUGGAUUUUUGAUUCCCUAAGGAAAACCACUUUAACACAGAUGGUCGAGACUUGCAAUCCCAAGUGUCCCAACAAGGGACGUAAAGAUCUCACCCAGAUUUGUGAAACAAGAAGACAUUUAGAAACCAGCUUUUAAGCACUUCCAUAGCAUCUCAGUACCAUUUGCUGUUCUGAUAGGUGAGUGGAUAAAGGAAAAGGCCAUGGACAGUCCAUUUUGUGUUUCAAGGGCAUUCACAACUCAGAUGAAUAACAUUUCCACUACGGUGAAACAUCACCCAUGUAAUUAUGUAAAUACCUUUCCAGGAUGUUUUGUGGCAUAUGUGGAAUAGGCAUUUUUUUAGAAGACCACUCAAGACUUCUGUGUAUUUUCUUCCUUCAGUCUCAUCAUAAGCUGCUGUUGAACUAUCACAUGAGAUGAAGUACAUGCAAAAAAAAGAAAAGAAAGAAAACCACUUUUGAAACUCAAACUAAUUGGUACUAGGAAACCUUUUUACCUUUUUUGCAGCUAAUACAAAUAAAACGGAAUUACAAAAAUUUCUAACCUUAUACAAUAGCUUAGUAAAUCAAGUGAGACUCUUCAUAACCAUAGAAUAAUAAUUGUUUACCUACUGCUGUUUUCAGUAUCAGUAAGUAUAGUUUAUAACUACUCCUUGUCCUUCCUUAAAACACAGUACUGAAAAAAACUAAUGAACUAAAGCGUUUUAGCAUUUAUACAUUUACAAGAAAAAACUGUUCUAUUUGAUUGUUAAUGGCUUUGGUAAAUUAAAACUAGUUUAGGAAGUAGGGAAAGCUAAUGUAUUCUACGGCAUCCACCCUUAGCGGAGUAGCUAUUCUAAUACAAUGAAUUUAUGUGCUGGUGAAUCCUCCUUUGAUUCAGUGGAACUCUUCAGAAAUUGAAGUUUAUUUUUAAACCUUCAUUUGCAACCAGGUUCCUCAAGUUAUUGCACAAAAUAUGUGUGGCUAAUCAAUCAAUAGUAAGGCUGCUUGGAGCGGUCGAGAAAUAGAGCACAUCGGGAAGUUUGUUUUGGGUUUGCAUGUGACGAAUGGAUUGGAUGCACCAAAUGCUCUUUCUGAAAACCCUUCUUUCUGAGCCUGAGAUUUCCAAUUAAGUAUGUAGCCACUUUGGAAAGAAAAAGUUCUACUUCUGGUAGAACAGAUAUGGAACCGGAUCCUCUUGCCCUUGUCAAGUUUUUAGCUAUAACAUUGGACGUUAACAAGUAAAGAGUCUUUUUCCAUCCACACCAACGGGCGCUGAAUUGAGAGUAAAGCAAUUGUUUCUAAACAAUGCUGCAUUUUUGGAGGAAAUACAUUUAAAAUAUAGGAUUGGGACCUCUGUGGUGUGUAUAUUCAAGUGGCAUAUCUGUUUCUGUAAUGUGUAAAAUGGCCCCAAGCAGUUGCUGACCCUUCUUUUAGUCACUCUCACACAAUAGUUUGAGAUCAGUCCUUCAUUAAUCUGAAUAUAAUGUGUCUGAUAGUGUUUCUGUGAUGAUUUACAAUGUGUUCCUGGAUGAGCCUCAUUCAGUUCUAUGGGACUUAUUCCCAGCUAAGUGGGCAUAGAGUUGCAGCUCUAGGCUGUGAUUUUGUCACAGUCUAUGGAAAUAAUGAACUGGAAUCAGUCUAAGACACACAGGGAGCAGGAAAGUAUGGUGCAAAAAGAAAUUCCACUUUUUUCAUAUAUCCAGAGCUUGAGUUUCAUUAAAGAGAAAUGUCACAGGGUAAACGUGCGAAAGAGCUGUGCCAUUAGCUCGAAAAUCCCUGUUCUCUAAUCCUAGACAUGUACAUGGCAGGCAACAGUAGCUCCCUGGUGAGGAAAAAGGAAUAUGACGUAUUAUUGGCAUAUUCUGUGUAGUUAUAAUAAAACAUACCAAGACUCAGACCUGGGUGGAAUCUACACACAUAUAAAAAACGUUCUGAAAAUGCUUUUUAAAAGCGUUUCUUAAAAGACAUUGAAUUUUCCAUGAGGUUCACCAUCCCCAUCCAGUGUCACAUUGUAUAUCACACUUAAAACAUUUUAUUUGCAGCUGUAUAGCCGAGUCCCUGGUAUUGAAACCAGAUGGUAGAGCAUUAAUUGAUCUGGCAUUUCCUUCAUGCAAAUGUGGCCCAAUGCGGAGGCUUGCUGAUAUCACUAAGAGCAGCAUAGGGUAGCAAUUGGCCAGUGGUGAGCAACCAUUUUGAGCAAUACAACUUUCUCUGUGCCAAACAGGUUUACCUACGAUUACAGCUAUGGCUCCAUACUUUACUGAUGUGAUAGUUAAAGGACAAACAGAUGAAGGCAGCUUGUGCUAGAGACAGUGCUGUGUUGGAACUAAGCUCCACAGCAGUUGAUGAGCACCUGGCAGGAUUAAAAAUGCAGUUUAAAUCAAUGCUUUGCACCGGACUCAGAACUACACAGCCAUCUCUUUUGAUGCUAAAUAACUAACUACAACUUAAACAUGAAGCAUCAAGUAAUGCUUCAGUGGAACGAGUGAAAAAGAGCUCCCAAACCUCCCAAAAUAAGUGCGGAACCAUAUCCCAUUAAAAUUAAUGGGACUUAAAUGUGCUUCCUUGUGCACUGUGGUAAAUAAUUAUUUGAGGUUCUGAAUGCCAAAACACAAUGGGCCCAGUAUAAAUCUGUGCAAAUACUUGGGCCAAAUGAGUAAGUCCAAGCCUUCGAGAUAUUCUUCUCUGCUAGAUCCCAUUUAUUACAAAUGUGCCAGUGCAAUGGAUGGAAAUUGCAAACACCUUACUUGCGUGCGGGUGUUUUGCAUUACUGCACGUGGAUCAGGUCUUCUCAUGUUCCGCAGGCUUUCCUGUUUCACUGGCCACUAAAGAAUAAGCUACCAUAAUUCGUACCUUGAUUUUUCUUUCUCUUAUUGUAGUUUUUAUUAUGUAUCUCACAAAACAAACUCAUGCUAAUCCCGUAUCUUGCUUCAGGUGAACACAUAUCCUAUUGCAAUGCACAUCUGCCCAUACCCCAUGUCAUAGAUGGGGAUCCAUUUUAAUUUCCUGUCUAUGUUACAAAGUGGAUGAGCACAUUUAUCGCCACCUACUCUCUCAUGUUAGUUAUGCCCAACAUGUUUUUGGCAAUGUAACUAUAGCUGGAUUGGGACCAAGUUCUACCGGUAGUUGUGGACCAAAAUAUGCAGUAUGUUUUUUUUAGAUUUAUAAUCCUAUGUAAAGUUCCUGACACUGCAAUGGACUGCACAUCAGAAAACUUUAUGAAGGCAACACAUUAAUGCAGGAGGUACCUGUUCGACUAAGGCCUGCAAUCUUGUAUUCACUUACCCAAGAGUAAGCCCUAUUGAAUUCAAUGGGACUUACUUCUGAGCAGACGUAUGUAAGAUUGCAAUGUUAGUCAUUCAAUACUAGCCUGGGGGGAAACCCUGGAUUUUGUUACUGUCUUGAUUAUUUGUUUUUAGGACAGGCUUCCUCAACCUCGGCCCUCCAGAUGUUUUGAGACUACAAUUCCCAUCAUCCCUGACCACUGGUCCUGCUAGCUAGGGAUCAUGGGAGUUGUAGGCGAAAAACAUCUGAAGGGCCAAGGUUGAGGAAGCCUGUUUUAGGAUCUUAGUGACUAUUUCUCUGUGGCUCAGUUUUGAGAAGCUUUCAGAAAAGAAAUACCCAGCUUUUGUUUGUUCUGUAUUUGUAUCAUGACAAUCGAACCUUGCCUGUGAAACACAACUUUCUCAUUCUGAAUGGCCCUGUUCCUUACAAUGUGGUCUGCAAAUGUACAAACAGUCCUAUGAUAUAAUGAGGGACAUAAGAUAAGGUGAUGUUAUACAUCAAUAUGUAUAUAUGUAUUUUUAUAUCAACUUUGAGAGUACUGCCAAAACAUUUAUGACAAGCUGUAUCACUGCCUUUGUUUAUAAUUUUUUUGUUUUUGUUUUUACUGUGAUAUACUCCACAGGCACGCUAACUGUUGCACUUUUAAAUGUCCAAAAUUUAUAUUUUAGAAUGAUAAAGAAAAGCACGAAAGAGUUUCCAUAAAGGUGGUAUUGUGAAGUGUUUGAGAAGAACCAGUUGGAAUGAGUGACCAUAGGUACAAAAUGUAAUACAAUUGCCCCUGUUCUUAUUUUUGUCUUUUAAAAAAAACAACCCAUGUAAAUUAAGAUCUUUAUAUUUCAAUAAAUGAUAUAUAAUUUAAA